AUGAGCAAACCCAAGGGAGAACCAGGAGUCGAACCAAAAGAACUCGUGCAGACAAUGAAACAACAGAGGACGAACAAACGACGCAACUUCACACGGUUAGUGAACAGGAUUUCCGAUAUCCUUUCUGAAGACCACCCGACACUGGAACAGAUAGUGAAUGUUCAAACGAUUUUGGCAGUUCACGAGGAGAAUUUUUCGGAUAUCAAGGAGCUGAAUAAGAAUAUCGAAUUUAAUCUUGUUAGUAUCGACGAAGGUGAUGCUGCUAGAGAUGCCGAGGACGCUUGUGAAAAGUCCGUCGAUAAUCAGAUGAAUAUCGUUAAAGCCAAGAACUUUUUAGCUAAAUUCAAGUCAACAAUGGAUAACCCAGUAGUACCAGUGCCAAAAGGUCCAGUGACUACUUCAAAGUUACCAAAAUUAACGCUUCCGACUUUCAAUGGUUACCUUACUGAUUGGCUGCCAUUCUGGGAACGAUACACAGCGGAAAUCGACAAAAAUUCGAACAUUUCUGAUAUAAAUCGUUUUGAUUACCUAUACGGUUUGUUAGAAGGUGAAGCUUUGGACUCUGUUCGAUCACUCAUACCCUCAGCAGCGAAUUACGUGAUUCUCAAGAAAACAUUGCUAGAAACCUUCGGAAAAGACCGAAAAAUCAUUCGUGCGCACGUGUUGCGACUGUUUCAUUUGAGGAACCCAAACAUGUCCGGAGCUGCACUUCGCUCGUUUUAUAAUCAAGUAAUGACGGACCUGCGGAGUUUGGAAGCACUAAACAUUGACGUUGAUAGAGCAGCUGGAAUAAUUGUACCUAUUCUCGAGGAAAAACUACCUGCUGUUAUUCGGGGAAACAUGGCUGAUCUUGACAGAACAGAUGUGUACAAUCUUAAGACAUUCACAGACGGGUUAAAGCGCCAGGGCGAACGUUAUGAAACACAGACUGAGGAUAUUGAUAUUACAGAGAGGAUAACUGUUGAAAUCUGUCAAAAGCUACCAAAUUCAUCUGUAGGUGCAUUUAUGGCACACACUAGUAACUGCGAAAUUUGUGGUUCACCGAAACACCAACCAGAAAAAUGUAAUAUUUCUGCAAAACAGAAACGUGAUUUGGUGUUUGCAAAAGGUCUAUGCCGAUUGUGUUUGUUGCCAGGACACUUUUCUAGGAAAUGUACAAGUUCGCUACAGUGUUCAUCUUGCUGUGGACUACAUCAUACGUCACUGCAUGGAAUCGAUUUCGGAAAUCGUUCACGGUAUCGUGCUCAGUCAAGAAAACGGUAUAAUCGUGGGAAUAGAAAUUCGAUCACGGAGAUUACGCAAUCGGCCCAGGAAACGCCAGGACCGACGUCGUGCUGCAGUUUGGUUCAGAAUAAAUCUACGAGUGCCGGUAUGGAUACGUUGGUGGAAAGUGAUUCAUAUGCGGAUAUUGUUACGUCAUCGAUCAUAGGUGAUAACCCAGUGUUGGUGAAAACGGCCAGGGCUAAAAUGGACUACAAUGGUACGCAGGUAGAGGUUCGAAUCUUCAUUGACGUGGGUUCAAUGUUAAGUUACAUGCGUCAGGAUGUCGCGUUAUUACUUGGCAUCCAGCCUAGGGGUUAUAUUGAUCUCGGAAUUCACGGAUUUCAGUGUUAUGCGAAGGAUCACUAUGGUUUGGCAACAGUAGGGAUAAUGACGUCUGAUGGAAUGACACGUGUUCCAUUGUUGAUCUCACGGGAGAUAGUUGCACCCAUCAGCCAACGAGGUUGGUGUAAGGCUAAGUCACUACCACACAUUCGAGGUUUGGAGUUAGCAGAUGACUUUCGUGGAGAGCCAUUUGUUGUGGAUGUGCUGAUGGUCUCUCCGUUCAUAAAGUCAAAUCUCGGUGCAUUGUUGUUAGGACCAGUUCAUAAGGAUAGGCCGAUUGUGGCAGCUGAUAUCAGACCCAUAAUGUGUUUCUGCGGAACUCAACCGGGAGAUGUGGACCUUUGUGGAGCGUUGUCCAACACGGAUUUAGACAAUCGGUUGUUGACAUAUUUUCGGUGUAGUGAAGUGGGUGUCAAUGACGUCACUGAUGACGUAGGUGGCGUAGAUGAGAACUUUAAGGCAGCAUAUAGUGAAAAGAUCGAAUUUCAGGAUGGGAAAUACUCGGUGCCUCUACCGUGGAAAGAGGACCAUGGGGAAUUGCCAUCCAAUCUACGAUUGUGCAGACGUCCUUUGGAUCAGAUUGUUGAACGUUUGCAGAAAACAGGGUUAAUGAACGCUUAUUGCAAGGUCAUAAAAGAACACAUGGAUAGAUGCUACGUAGAGGAAGUCAAGGGUAAUCCCUGGGACGAAGAACAUUCACAUUACAUGCCACAUUUUUUUGUGCUCAAAAACUCGGAAACCACGCCUGUUCGCAUUGUAUUCGCGGCGAAUACAGGGCGCGUGAGCUUGAAUGACUGUUUGAUUACCGGUCCAUGUAUGAUUCAGAACUUACACGAUCUACUGUUGUUGUUUCGGGUGUCGCGCAUUGCACUGGUGGCUGACAUUGCUCGUGCCUUCUUAUCCAUUGGUCUAUUGGAACAGGACAGGAAUUAUGUGAAAUUCUUGUGGUUUCGCGACAACGAUCCAAUCAAGGACAUCAUUGCGUACCGCUACACCACCGUAGUGUUCGGUCAUACUUCAUCGCCUUUCUCAUUGGGCAUUGUAUUAGAAAAACAUUUAGCGAAGUAUGAGUGUGAUGUUGCAAUCGAUCUGACAAGGAAGUUAUACAUGGAUAAUCUAUUGACCAGUGUUGAUCAAGAUAACGAGGCAGUCAAUUACUACUACAACGCACGCGCAAUAAUGAAACAGGGAGGUUUCAAUCUUCGCCAGUGGUUAAGCAAUUUGCCAGAACUGAAUAGAAUUCUUGAACUUGAAGGUACACAAAUGAAGGAGAAAACCGUCAGUGUUUUGGGACUCGUUUGGAAUUCAGUGACUGAUCGUCUGGGAUUUCCCAAAAAGGGACUGAUAAACACUUGCCGUGACGUCACAAAACGUCGCGUAUUGUCAGUGGCUGCUUCACAUUUUGAUCCGUUGGGACUUGUAACUCCGGUGAUAAUUAGAGCCAGACAGUUCAUAGCUCAGCAGUAG